GAAGUGCUUCUACCUGUCGGCAAAGAAACGAUACUAAGUUUUGCCUUAGUCAGGUUUUAUGCAAAUAUAAUGCGGGAGGUACGGAUAAACUGGUUGGAAGUUGAGCGUUGAGCGCCGUAGAUUAAGCAGGAUGAAUAUUGAAAUUUUCGCUGCCCAAGAUUCAAAACGUACCGGAACUCUCGAUAAUGUGAGUCCCUCAAGCAACAUAAGAAACAUCAAGAAACAGAUUGAGGAGUUGAGGCCAAAGUUAUACCCUGAUAGGCAGUCAGUCAGACUUGAACCAAAGGGAAAGACAUUGAAGGAUGAAGAGACUGUGAGCUCAUUGGGAUUAGGAAAUGGAUCUAAACUGUACGUAAAAGAUCUUGGGCCUCAAAUAGGGUGGAAAACCGUUUUCUUAGCAGAGUAUGCUGGUCCACUUGCAGUGUACUUGUGGAUUUAUCAGAGACCAUGGCUGUUCUAUGGUUCAGAUGCUGCAGCACUACAACCACAUCCUGUAGUUCAUAUUGCAGCAGCAUGCUGGUCUCUGCAUUAUGUCAAAAGGCUGCUGGAAACCAUAUUUGUACAUCGGUUCUCUCAUUCUACUAUGCCCCUACGUAACUUGUUCAAGAACUGCACAUAUUAUUGGGGUUUUGCUGCAUAUGUUGCAUAUCAUAUCAAUCAUCCACUGUAUACUGCUCCAAGCAAUAUCCAGAUUUAUUCAUCAUUAGCUGUUUUCUUGGUUUGUGAACUUGGUAAUCUGAGCAUUCAUGUGGCUUUACGGAACCUUCGGCCACCAGGCACAACAAUCAGAAAAAUUCCAGUUGCCACAGGCAAUCCUUUCACGACACUGUUCAAUUUAGUGUCUUGCCCAAAUUAUACAUAUGAAUUUGGAAGUUGGUUUGCAUUUUCUGUUAUGACCAGUUGUUUACCAGCUGGAAUUUUUGCUCUUGCUGGUCUGUACCAGAUGUCUGUCUGGGCUAUUGGAAAGCACAGAGCUUACAAAAAAGACUUCAGCAACUAUCCUCGAAAUCGUAAAGCAAUCUUGCCUUUCCUCAUUUGAGGAAAAAAUUAUCAAUGACUGGGAUUAACCAUCAGAAGAAAUGUGUUCUAUCAUUCCACAUUAGUGGAUAGUUGUUUUGGUUUUGGUUAUGUGUGUAUGUUUUUUAGCAUGACUUGUAACAAUAUCAGUACAAAUAAAUAUAUUGUUGGUUGUA